AUGGCAGAUAAAGCUGAUACAGACAAAAAGCGUAAGCCAAGCAAGCAAAGCAUAAGUGAGCCGAGUGAAAUAGAAACCAGUGUGACGGAGGAUAAAUCUCCUGAUACUAAGAAAAAGAAACAGAAAAAGAAAAAGACAAAACACACAGAUAUAGAAGCGGUCAUGGAAGACGACGAGUAUGAACUAGAAAAAUCAAACGAGAAAGAGAUUGCUGGAAUUAAAAAGCAGCUAAAAGAGAUCACUAGUAAAUUAAAUAACAUGGUGUCAAAAAUCGAUAAAUCGACAAGCACACUAGAAAAGAAGCUUGAGCAAGUCAUUGAUAAAGAUAGCGAGGGAAUGAAUAUAAGAGAAAUCAUAAAAGAAAUGUUCACUGAUAUGAAGGAAAGCCUUCUCGGGUCAGCGAUACUCAGAAUUGAAAAACUCGAAUGUCAGCAAUUUGACAGAGAGUCUGACAAAGACAAGCACUCUAAGAAAAUAGAACAAUUAGAAAAGCAUAUCAAAGAUAGAGAUCAAGAAAUACACGCACUGAAGAGAGAUGUGAUUGAAAACGAAACCAAAAGAGAGUACUCACAGAAUGAUUUUGAGCAAUACACACGCCUUAAUAAUAUACGGAUACGAGGAUUGCCGGAAAAUGACGAAAAUCCGAGAGCUGAAAAAGCAGAAGAGACCACCGAAAAAGUGGUAAAACUACUCAGUGAAAGAAAAAUCAAUGUUGUAUAUGACGACAUUGAUAUUUCUCACAGGUUAUGGAAAACUGUACGUGGAAAACGAGAUGUGAUCGUUAGAUUCAAAUCACGAAUGAAGCGUGACAGUGUCAUGAGAAAUAAGAGAAGUCUUCGCGGUUCAGGAAUAUGGUUGUUUGACGAUCUGACAAAACUCAAUCAUGAGGUAUUCAUGAGUGUCCGCCAUAAGAUGAAAGACGAAGUCGAUCAAGCGUGGAUUUCGAACGGCAAAAUCCUAUAUAGAGACAAAUCGGGCAAGGUUAUUCGGGUGGACUACGACGAUUAUGACAGUUGGCUAGAUCUCCCUUGGCCGAACACGUAA